AGGGUGCUAUAAUAACCGGUUAACAGUGUGUGGAAUCCUAUUCGGCUUCUUCGUUCAAUUGCGAAUACCCUCUGUUUACCGGGAACUCAUCAGAGUCUCAGACGUUAGCUUCUUAUUAAUCUCAUGGCCGCCAAGCCUUCCGUGCCUUUCAUCAAACUCAAUUCCCCCGCCACCAUUCUAGCCUCCAUCAAGCAAGAACCCCUUCAAUCACCGCCGUCCAUACCACCACGUGAGCCCAUUCCAGAACCGUUAGCGGUUGUCAAAGUCGAACCAGAACAAAACGAACAACAGCAACAACCACAAGAAGAAGAAGAACAACAACAACAACAAAAAGAACCCCAAUUCUUACAAUCCAUCAACGACCUCGCCACCCUCUCCUCCGUAAUCCACGCUUUCAAAUGCAGAUUUGAAGAAUUAAAAGAACACCUUGAGUUCAUCAACCAAGCCAUCGACUCCAAAUUCAAUGAACCACAAAAAGAACAACGCCCAAAGAUUGAAACCCAGCCUCCUGCGAAAUCGACGGAAACUGAUAAUAAAACGGAAAAAACAGGACCCGAGACCACUCCUUCGAAAUCCUCGCGUUCCGAAAUCCAAAACCUCUGCGAGAUGAUGUGCAGCAAAGGACUACGUAAAUACAUUGCAGCCCAUUUAUCAAACGUCUCGAAGCUUCGAGAAGAAGUCCCUGCCGCUCUAACGCUUGCCCCAAAACCCGCCAAAUUGGUUUUAGAUUGCAUUGGGAGGUUCUUUUUACAAGGAAUAAAGGCUUAUACCAAGGACUCGCCCAUGAUACCGGCAAGGCAAGCUUCGGUUUUGGUCCUGGAGUUUUUUCUUUUGAUGAUGGGAGGUUUUCGCGGCAAAGGUGAGGUUCAGAUUGCGGCAGACAUUAAGUUGGAAGCGGAGAAAGGAGCCCUAGCGUGGCGAAAGAGGUUGAUUAGUGAGGGUGGUUUGGCUAGGGCAAGUGAAGUUGAUGCUAGGGGUUUGUUGCUUUACGUUGCUUGUUUUGGGAUUCCGAAAGCCUUCCGGAGUGAGGAUUUGGGGAAUUUGUUGCGGUUGUGUAAUCUCAGGGCUAUUGCGGAUGCUUUGAAGGGCUCUCAUGUACUUCCUGUUAAAAUGCCAGAUAUCAUCGAAGGUAUGGCAAAGAAUGGAAUAUAUGUUGAAGCUGUUGAUGUUGCUUCUAUCUUUGGUCUUGAGGAUAAAUUCUCCCUUAAGACAAUUUUGACUUUAUUCUUGCAAGAGUCUACAAAAGCAUUCAAGAAGGCAAGACAGGAAGCACAAAAUUCUCCUGUGGCACUGAAAAAGGCUAAUGAAAAUCAAUUAGAUGCUCUGAAAACGAUAGUCCAGUAUUUGGAAGAUCGCAGUAGGGAUGUGACAAAGCUUCUUGGUGCAUGGCAAAUUGAAGAGAAGAUAGUCAAGUUGGAAGAAGAAAAUGCUGAGCUACAAAAAAGGAUCAAUGACAAGAAAAUCAUGCCAAAGAGAAAACUGGAUGAAACGGGAUCCUCAAGUAAGGCUAAGAGUCAAGAAAUGAAACGUCCACGGUUUACAGCUAAAGGGUCACCCUUGCCAAAAUCUUCUCAUGUCAAUGGGUUGCAUGAGCAACGAACUGCUACUCUUGCGGAUGGCAUGAGGUCAUAUGAUGGUUUGGUGGCAAAAACUAUGGACAAUGCUAUUUCUGGUCAUGUUAGCAAUUAUCCUGCUGCCUCAUCUGUGCCACAUGGAUCAACUGUAGGUUCUUAUCCUGAAAAUGGAGUUGGCCAGAUGGCAGGAAUCGGUGGUGUUGGAAGCAGCAGUAUGGUGACAGGCAUAGGUGGCCUUUUAGCAAGUUCUUAUUCUGGGGCUCAUUUAGAUAUGGGAGUUGAUAAGGCUGGGAGUAGCAGUGAUCUGCCGUAUGGAUGGCGUCAAGGCUCUGUUGGGCAAUCUGCAUCCAUGAGGUUUGGUGGUUUGUUUGGGACAUCACCAUCUAUAGAAGGCUUUGUUGGUCUGCCCGAUUUUCCAUCUUCUGGUCCUACUGAUAGGACAACAGCAGAUCUAUAUCGGUUUGUUGAUUCUGUCGUGGAAAGUGAGACCUAUAGUGGUAGCUCUCACAGGACAGGCACUUUGCAAAACGUAGUGCCUGUCCGUCAUUCUUCCUAUAUGUUUUAAUGAAUUAAUAGUACCUGGUUGUUUCCUUGACUUGACUAAAUACAGAGUUAGAUAAGAGGGAGAAGGUGAAGCCUUCCGUGUGUUUCUUUUUGAACCAGGAGGGUACUUAUAGCACCUGCAAAAUUUUCUGGUGCUUCAUCAGAUUUCACCUGUUUAUAAGAUCGCGUUGAAGUCAAUUUAUUACAGUUUUAAUAGGCCAUUCUCUCAAGUUAAAAUAGUCAUUGCCCUUUUGUUCUUCUGCUGCACUAUUAUUACAGCAGAGGCCACAAAUGCGGUUGGGGUGUCUUCUUUUUAAAGGGGCAUGCCUUUGACUUUUGUAUACGAGGUUAUAUACUGAUCUAUUUGGCCCUACCCCGUUCAGGCUGGUUGUUA